UCCCAAAUCCCGGCUCCUAGCCGCUCCCGCCCUUCCUUUACUCUCCAGCACUUGGCUCCUCCCCUGCACGGCCCGGCUCCGGUUACCUGACCCGGCGGCGGAGGAGAGCUGGGGGCGGCAGCAGGACACUACAGAGCGGACUAUCGGCGACAGGGUUGCAGUGAUGAAUUGUAUCGGGAUGAAUUUUGUAAAGAAACGCAGAAUAACCGCUGAAGAUCAGUGUGUGCCCCUCAUACCGUGAGGACAUUUGGGUUAAUUGGUUCUGUGUGCCCGUCUCCUUACCCUGCUACUCCACCCAUCCUGCUAGGUGGACUAUGAAAGUUGACGUGCAUGCCUGCAAGCUGCGGCAGGUGGACUGACUGGAGACGUCACUUUUCUUCUUCACCUGUUGUACAAGUCACUGAGAAAAGUUACCAGUCAGGUUUCAACCACCGUGACUCAAAAAGUAGGGGAGAGUAAAUAAAGGUGGCAGCUCAGUGCAGAAGACCUGAUAUCAUGGAAAUAGCUUUACUCCCUCCCUGCCAGUAAAUAGUACAUUCCCGGAUCUUGGUCAAUAUGUGAAAAUUAGAUCUGCUAGUUGAGAAAAAAUACAGAAUUCGGACUGGCAUGGUGAUAUUCUCUUUCCAGAAUAGUUUCUGGAUUACAUGAGCAUGAACUGAAGCCAUGUCUUUGCAGGUAACUCAGGAGGAAAAUGGAGAUGAGAUGGAGAUUUAUGACGAAUUGUGUAUAGAUGACGAGAGUGAUGUAUUUGUCAACAACUCUUAUCCCGACUCUGGGUUUACACAAAACUUAAAUUCGUGGCCUAAUACUUACCCGGUUGUCUGGCCACUUCCAUCUUCUGAAGAGUAUGAGACGCAGAUGCAACCUAGUGAAAACUCAAGUAGAAGAGAGAGCACUGAUGGUGCCAACUUUAACAAUCCGAAGGAAGUCCGCAGCCGCACGUCGUCCCUGGUAAACGGUUUACUUACAGAACUUUAUGACACUUAUCGUAAUGGGCCUGGGUCUGCUCUUGGCCUAUAUCAUGACAGUGUGGACAGCUCGACAGAAGCAUCAGGAUCAGAUGCUUUUCUAAGUAGGAGUAACCCUGAGUCCGGGUUCCUUUUAGAGUUGUCGGAGAAGCAGAGCCGCAGGCAUCAAAUACAGUUUCUGAGAAAGAAAGAUUGCAAUGAAUUAAAAGCUGUAAGAGAAGAACUUAGACAUCGGAUUGGAGUUCAGUCUGCCAAGCUACUUCGACAAUUGAAGCAGAAGGAUAGGCUUCAGCACAAAGUGCAGAAGAAAUCUGACAUUGUCACUGCAUGCCUUCAGGCUGUCUCGCAGAAACGCCGCGUGGAUACAAAGUUGAAAUUUACACUUGAGCCUUCACUGGGUCAGCAUGGCUUUCAACAGUGGUAUGAUGCUCUUAAAGCUGUUGCACGAUUGCCUACUGGAAUCCCAAAAGAAUGGCGGCAGAGAGUAUGGCUGACACUUGCAGACCAAUACUUGCACAGUAUUUCUAUAGAUUGGGAUAAAACAAUGCGCUUUACAUUCAAUGAAAGGAGCAACCCCGAUGAUGACUCAAUGGGCAUACAGAUAGUGAAGGAUCUCCAUAGAACAGGCUGCAGCUCCUAUUGUGGACAGGAGGCAGAGCAGGAUAGAGUGGUACUAAAGCGUGUGCUUUUGGCUUAUGCCAGGUGGAACAAGAGUGUAGGCUACUGCCAGGGAUUUAACAUUCUGGCCGCUCUUAUACUGGAAGUGAUGGAGGGGAACGAGGGUGAUGCACUUAAGGUAAUGAUUUAUCUCAUUGAUAAAGUGCUUCCAGAAAGUUACUUUGUCAAUAAUCUGCGGGCACUGUCAGUGGAUAUGGCGGUGUUUAGGGAUCUCUUGAGAAUGAAGCUGCCAGAUCUAUCUCACCAUUUGGAUGUACUUCAGAGAACCGCAAAUCGAGAAAGUGGAGGUGGCUAUGAACCCCCUCUCACUAAUGUGUUUACAAUGCAGUGGUUCUUAACUCUGUUUGCAACCUGUCUUCCAAACCACACUGUUCUUAAAAUUUGGGACUCUGUGUUUUUUGAGGGGUCUGAGAUCAUCCUAAGAGUAGCACUGGCUAUUUGGGCAAAGCUUGGAGAACAGAUUGAGUGUUGCCGAAAUGCAGAUGAAUUCUACAGUACAAUGGGAAGAUUGACCCAGGAGAUGCUUGAAGACAACCUGAUAGAAAGCAAUGAACUCAUGCAGACUGUGUACUCAAUGGCUACUUUCCCAUUUCCACAACUAGCCGAGCUGAGGGAGAAGUAUACAUAUAAUAUCACACCUUUCCCAGCACCAGUCAAGUCUGCUUCAUUUUCUGGGCGCUCAACUAAAAUGCAAGACAGUGACGAGGAAAACGAAAUUGAUGAUGAUGACAUAAAUGCCAAUGCUGUUGGGUGUCUUGGCCCAUUUAGUGGAUUUUUGGCUCCAGAAUUUCAGAAGUAUCAGACACAGAUAAGAGAUCAAAAAGAGGAGCAAAGCUUGAAAUUUGGCAACAUUGCAGAGCUUAGCCCGGGUGCGUUUGAUUCCUGUCGAGGAGAAUAUCAUGCUGUAUUUAAUAGUAUGAUGAUGGAGCGCAUGACAACUGAUAUCAAUGCCCUAAAACAGCAGUACUCCAGAAUUAAGAAGCGACAGCUGCAGCAAGUCCAUCAGGUGUAUAUUCGUGCAGGACUCGAAGAAUUUGAUCCUAGGGAUCAGCUUAAUAAUGAUAAAGGACCUGUAAGCAACAUAUUGCCAUCGCAAGUUAAUAAUUCCCCAGUAAUAAACCAUCUGUUACUCGGUAAGAAGUUAAAGCAGGUAAACAGAGCUUCUAAAAACAGUGUCAUCCAGUUACCAACCUCUAAGUCCAUGAUCUUACCCAAUGAGGAAACCAAAGCAAAGCUGAAUACUCCGUGGCGUACCCACAUUCGAGUUCAAAGAAAAAACAUAAGGGCCAAAGGCCAUGGAGACACGGUUGGAUUGAUAGAGGAGCAAAAUGAAGUCCCUAAAGAUCAGGUUGAUGCAGCCAAAGAACCGGAGGACAUUGAGCAUGAUACACCUACUGUGGAAAAUAGAGACAGUAGCUUAGAUAGGACAGUUAUGAAGGCUGAUGGACACUCCCCAGAGCCCGUUUUUGAAGAUGAAAAUGCAAAUGUUACGAUUGUACAGAACAAGCUGGAGACGUUGGAGCUAAACUCCAGUAGUGAAUCUACAGACAUGUCUGAGGUGAUCCCGAAUGUUGAAAGAACACCAUCAAAAUCACACAGUUUCUCUAGUGAUAGUGGAACUUUAUUAAAAUCCCCCAAAGGAACUGUUUUCAGCCCUUUCCCAAGCGUUAAGCCUCUUAGAAAAUCUGCAGCUGCAAGGAAUUUGGGGUUGUAUGGGCCAAAUAAUAGAACCCCAACAGUAAAUUUCCCACAUAUGAGCAGAAGCUUCAACAAGCCUGCCAACGGUGCCACUGGAAGCAAAAAACGAUAACAUGGUUCCAGCACUGUGUUCUCAAUGUAGACUCUCUUUGCUUUCAUUUUCUCUGUCCCCAAUCUGUCAUCGUUCUAGUGGAAACUGUGUCCACACUUUUCUGUAGAUUUGUGGUUCCACGUGAGAUUUUGCUUAGGUAGGAGAAUUUGGCUGUAAAAAGCUAAAAGUGAGUCUUCUAGGUCUAGAUGAAAAGGAAAAUUUGAUUUCUGUUACAAUUAUUUAGCCUUCUUGCAUUUUGCUUUUGAUUUAUAUAUUGGAGCCUUUGCUCUAGUCCUUUUCCACCUGCCAUGUAAGGAUAAGUAUAAAUGGCACAAUGUGAUUUCUAGCCAAAGACAAUAGUCUUGAUGUGCUAUAUAUGCGAAGGCACAGAAAAAGUCAUUCACUCAUUUUUAGUGGAACUUGUUCCCAAACCAGGAUUUAUAUACUGAAUUAUGUAAACUAUUUAUUAUUUUUAUUAAGGGAUUAUUAAAAUUUGACUUUUUUGUACAGUCAUUUUAAGUUGCCAAAUGUCAGCAUAUACACAAUGAAUAGAAGCCUAAAUGUAAUCCAGUGGCCUCCUGGUUUAUGCUUUAGUAGUGUGUAAUUGACACAAAGAUAAGUUGUUGAAAAGCAACAGCGUAGCGUAAUAUUUAUAUUUUCUAUGCAGUGGUGAUGUUGUUUGCCAUGGUAUAAUUAUAUAACUGUCCUUUAUAUUCUGAAAUUGUGUACGCUUCUUAGGCUUGUGUAGGAAAGCAAUGUUAUCAGAAGGCAUGCCUUGCCUCAUUGGCCUGGGAAAUGGUGGUGUAAAAGGAACAGUUUCCAAAUGAAUGCUUUUUUCGGCAUGCCUUAUUUUGCAUUUUGUGUUCGCUUGUUCUGCAGAUUAGAAAGAAAUGGUUUCUAACGCAGUUGGAAUGUUCUUGCCGAUUUUUGUCUGUGUUCCCAUAGAGAGGUUUCACUGAACUUUAAUUUUGAUCUGUAAAAUGUCCAUCUACUUGUAAUGCUGAUUCCCAAAUACCAUUUGUUAAUAUUUCAAGUGCCAAAUGCAUGGUUUCUCUAGAAAGGUAAAAUGCAAGGUGGAAUCUAGAUAUGUGGUAUGUGUUGUCUCCUUAAUUCUUUACAUUAAUAAACUUCUAGAACAGCA